UAUAAAAAUUACCGACAACCGAUUGCACAGCCCAUUUCCCAGCCGAAAAGAUACACACAGAGUGGUGCAAUGUUGUAAUGUAGCCUAUAUCGUUCUGUCAAAUUAACAAUUAUGUUACAAUGUAACGAAAAAUGCGAGAUUUUACCUGAAAGGAGUUUACAACUUCAGUUACACGCUCUUAGCAAAUCUAUGUCAUGCUGUGCAGUGGAAAGGCUGUGCGUGUACUUGUUGAGCUCCAGGACCAUCACAGAGUAUGAGAGCCAGGUGAUCUGGUCCCAGAGAACAGACAUGGAGAAGGCUGCCAAACUGCUCCAGGUGGUGCUGAAGAAAGGUCGCAACGCCUGUCUGCUCUUUUUCGACUCACUAGAAAAGUGUUGCCAGUGCCCACCACAGUUCGAAAGAGUUACCGGCCUCCCAGAGAGGAGGAGGGCCAACACUGCCCCAACUUACGUCAUCAACAUCAGCCAUUCCAAUUUGAGUAACUGCAUCAUUGGAGAUGGCAACUUUCAAGGAGUGACAACGUGUAUACAACAACCUCAGAGCGUGGGUUCAGAGGAUGCUAGGCAUGAGACAAUGGGAGGCAACAUCACCAGUGAUCACCAGAGAGCAGUACAGGCCUGUCUAGAUCCAGAGCUCCAGAGGAGUGUCCAGGUCUACGGGUCCCAACUGCAGUAUGUCAUCAUCGGGGACAACAACAACCUGCAGGCUGAAGACACACCGGAAGAGGAAGAAGGGGAAGAAGAAAAACUCAUUAAUGAAAAUGCCAUCUCCUGCUGUUGUGCGCUUGAGCAAGUUACUGCACCACAGGCGACCGUGGCUCUCAAUCUCCAUGAGUGAUAUGGGGACAAAAUGUAUGGCCAUUGGCUACAUUGUAAUGUUCCUUGCUGUGUCGAUGAACUUGAUUUCUGGGGAAUGUAUAUGUAUUGUAAAUUGUAGUGUAUUGUUUGGAUAGUAUAACUUAACCCUACAUAAUCAAAGAAUGAACCAUAUUUUUGGUCCGUAGACUUAUGGAAUAAGUAUUGAAUCAUACAGUACCUAGAUUAUGUUCUGUGAACCCAAUUUAUAAUGACCGCACUGACCACUGCUGCUGAUAAAGUGCAUUUAAUUUAUUUGAAGUAUUUACUUGCUGCAAAAAAAGAAAAGGUGCUGUUUUACUUUGAAUGUAUUCUUAAUGAUUUCAUUGGAAAUAACUGUUAGGACAUACUGAUUUAUCUUUACUGAAAAUUAUACUGUACAUAUUCACUGUUCUACUAAGUUAUCAACAU